AGGAAUAGUUUCAAAUGGAAUCCCAAGAUACUAAUCCAAAUUCUCAUUUCCAACAAUCUUUUGCCAAUCCUAACAUACAAUUCCAAUUUACAAAUCAUGUUAGCCAACUGAAUCCAUCAUCAUCCUCACAGCCCAACUUUUUGUAUGUUCCGUUAAAUGCCUCAUACAAUCCAUUUGCUAAUCAAUGACCUGGAAACCAAUAUUCAUUUCAAGAUCUAUUGAAAAGCCAUAACAACACUUUUGACAAUGUUCAAAACUUAGUUGGGUCUCAAUGUCUUAAUGAUAAUGGAAGCAAUACCCAAAACAACUCACAUACUUCUGUUGCCAACAAAAAUUAGACCAAAGUCGAAGAUAUAGCAUUGACGAAAGCAUGGCUGUAUCUAUCUGUUGAUUCCGAUGUUGGUAACAAUCAAAAGAAUACGCAAAUGUGGAAUCGUAUUUUAUUGCAUUGGAAGGAGAAUAUGGGGGCGAAUUGCAACAAUUCACGAAAUACAAACAGCUUAGGAUGUCGAUGGGGAAAAAUUCAAUCUGCUGUUAGCAAAUUUCACGGAAUUUAUGAGCGUCUAGAGAGGAUUCCUCAGAAUGGAUCCAAUAUGGAAGAUCUGAAAAGAGAAGCAAAGAGGGCAUAUGAAGAUAUCAACAAUAAAAAAAAGUUUAAAUUUGAGCAUUGUUGGGAAAUCAUGAGAAAGAACCCGAAAUGGUGUACCAAUCAACUUACAAAGACAAAUGGUUCAAACAAAUCGAAAGCAGAUAAUGUUAGCCAUCUGCCAACUGAUUUGCUGUUCGUUAAUCUUGCUGAUGAUACUUGUAUGGAUCCUCUUGGGAGUGAAACGCUGAAAAUGGAUGGUUUAGUGCGUCCUCAGGGAAGAAAGGCCAGUAAAGAUAAAAAACGAAAGCCAAAUGAUGAUAAGGGUGUUGUAGAGGUGUUAGGCAAGCUACAAUGCACUCUAGAAAUGCAUGUGAACAUCACUCGAGAAGAGCUGGAGCUGAAAAAAGAGCGAGAAGAAAAAGAGCAUGAGCUACGUGAGCAGGAUCUGACCAAACUAUCCCCAACCAUGCGAGAAACCUUUGAAAUGUACCGAGUUCAAAUAUUGAAGGAAUGGGAAAAUGACGGUUGCUUGAGCAGCAUAAAUCAGGUAAUUAUUUCUUAUCCCCUUUAUUUCUAUUCAAGUAUUGUGAAACAUACAUAUUGCCAUUUUCUUGUUUUAUUUCUUUAA